GGAGUUCGCCGUCACACCCGCAAGCUCAACAGUCUUCAGGCGUACAGCUGAUCGUGAAAGACCAAACUGAAACGAGCGCAUCCGGGACGACCUUUUUCAAGAUUUCUGGUCAUCAUGAACAACAAGUGACAAAGGGUCAAUCAAGGGAUUGCGCAAAUUUUCCGCGAGUGCAUUAUAUCGAAAUAUUCGCCGGAAUGUCAUUGAGAUAGCGAGACAAAGCUCCUUCUCUUUGCCUCUCUGUCUCUGUCUGAAGAAUCGAACGGUCCAUUCCCAUCGCGCACCCCCUUUUCCCUUCUUGUCCCACUUUUACCGCAAAAGAUCAAAAGAUCUGAGCUUGCAAUCCGAACGUACGUCCGCUCCGAUAAUUCGAUGAUUUACGAUUUCAAAGAUCAAAGGAUCUAAAAAUAUCCGCUUCAGUUAAAAUAUUCAUAGAAAUUAAAUAUCUAAAAAUACAUAUUUUUUCACAAGAAAGAUUUUAAAUGUACAAAGCUUUCUAAGCAUUCGCACCUAAAAAAAAUGCGACCAAAUAAUUCAAGAACCCUCGUAAACUCUUCAAUAAAUCGUGAAAUCUUGUAAUCGCCGAUCAAUGUUGGUGAAAAUCGAAGUAUCGACACACAAGAGCUACAGAUUGGAAGCUCUUGCCAUCGCCGAGACGUUCGAUUACGAGAAAUCCUUACAAUGGCCAGCGAAAAGAAAUCAGGACGAUACAGGACAUCAUUACCAGCUCCGGGUCGUUCCGAAGUAAAUCUCUGCUCGGUGACGCUGCAGCUGGGCAAGGACAUCAGUAAGACCAGCAUGCCAGUCAUCUUUAAUGAACCCCUUUCAUUCCUGCAACGCGUCGCUGAGUAUAUGGAAUAUGCCAAAUUGCUCAAGCGAGCAUCCCAGGAGCAGUCGCCAAUCUCUAGGCUUCAGUACGUCGCGGCUUUUGCUGUGAGUGCUCUCGCUUCGAACUGGGAACGCUUUGGAAAACCUUUUAAUCCGAUCUUAGGCGAAACGUACGAGCUGCAACGCGAGGAUUUCCGAAUAAUAUGUGAGCAGGUUUCGCAUCAUCCUCCGGUGUCCGCGUUUUAUGCCGAUAGUGAGGAUUUUAUUUUUCACGGCAGCAUCCACCCCAAAUUGAAAUUCUGGGGAAAAUCAUUGGAGGUGCAUCCGAAAGGAAUUGUUACAGUCGAACUACCCAAGUGGAAAGAAGCUUACACUUGGCAAAAUGUCAAUUGUAUUCUUCACAAUGUUCUGGUGGGACAAUUGUGGAUGGAACAAUCGGGCCCUCUGGAAAUCAGACAGCACGGAGGAGACAAUUUGAAAGCUAAACUUUGUUUUGUCAAAAGCACCCUGAACGGUAAGGACAUUCAUCGCGUCGAAGGCUUCAUAACGGAUCAGGAAAAAAGGAAGUUACUCUUUCUUUACGGCAAAUGGAUCGAAAUUUUACGAUCCUGUGAGCCCUCUUUAUACGAGGAAACGCUGGAAAAGAUUAAAAUGGAGGCCAAAAGCCCGCAGGGUAGUCCAGGACAUAAAAAGGUCCUGGCAAAACUCCACAGCCUGAAGGUCGGAGCUUUCAAGCCCCUGCAUCAGGAUGCGAUAGACGAGUCUUUGAGCACGGUUGUCGAUGACAUCCCGAUUGUGGACGAGAUUCCAGGAUCUAUCACAUUGUGGGAAGUCACACCGAGACCCAGCAACAGUUCGGAUUAUUAUCAGUUUACAACAUUUGCCAUGUCAUUAAACGAACUGGAACCCAAUAUGAAAGAGACUCUGUGCCCGACCGACUCCAGAUUAAGGCCGGAUAUUCGCAAGCUGGAAAACGGCGAUCAGGAUGGUGCCGCGUCUGAGAAAGCUAGACUCGAGGAAAAACAGAGGGAGUCACGCAAAGCGCGCAAACAGAAGAAAGGACACGAAUAUGUUCCCAAAUGGUUUCAAUCCGGCACGAAUCCUUACACGGGUCAGGAAGAUUGGAUAUAUCGGGGCGGAUAUUGGGACCGUAAUUACACCGAUAUCGAGGACAUCUUUUAAGGAAGAGAGUUCUUCAGCUUAAAUUAACGCCCGGGAGAGAACCGAUAAUCGGGCGCCUCGUUAGUGCAAAAUUAUAAAUAAAUUGCCUAAGAGAGCGGGCGCGUAGAUCGAUAAUAGACGCCUUUAGAAAUCGAUGUCCCUGUGUAAAGUAAUUAAAAGCGAAUCUCGCGAAUCUUGGAGCGCGACGAAAAUUGGAACUUGACGAGUCAUCGGCGAGUACCUUCCCGUGCUCUUCGGCGAAUCGAAGAUACAAUCGAAUGUUGGAAAAUCGAUUUAUAAAAUUCAACAUUCAUAGACUUUGAAUGUUCGAUUAUAUUUUCGGUUCACCUCUUCCCGCAAACUUAUCCGACACUAUUUUUAUAAAAAGCCAAAUCGAAUUAUCAGAAAGAGACAAUUCUUUUUUUCGCAGCCUGCUUGAAGAAAUCCGCUUGAAACGACAGAAACUGAUUUGAAAUCUAUAUAAAAUGUCUCUAAAAUAGAGCGAAUCGUUUCAGGGACAUUCUGUGUAAUUUCGUCGUGAACUAUCGUUUCAUUAUCGGUCAGUCAAAUGAAUAAAUAUUUAUGCAAACGCUUUUCUAUAUAAAUUUUCGACUUGUCAAUUCAAUCAACAAAUUACGUUUCAAUAUUUUAAUACGUGAAAAUCUUAGUUCUCUAUUUAAAAAUAUUCUUGUAUAUUUAUAUAAAUAUAAAAAUUAUAUACGUAAUAGAGAUAUAAAUUAUCCUAUUCUAUCGUUUGUAAGAAUGCAGUCUAAAAUUUAGAACGACAAACGAGUGCCAUUUCUUAUCAAUCUACGUGCAAACAAAUCAGGAAAAGAGAAAACUUAGCGAAAGUAUCAGAUGAGAAAUCUAAUAUUGCAAAUACAAAAAGAGAGCACGAUUCGAUCGUAUCAUUUUUUUUUUUCAUGUGAUUCUCUUGGACUCUUUGAGCAGGAAUCUCAUAGACUCUUUCGUGUAAAUAUACAUAGCGACUAUAUAAUAUAUCUGUAAAGUCAAGAUAAACCGAACGAUUUUUCGAGAUUAACUUCUCACAUCGAUCGAGCAAUAAUUAUUUAAACUUUGUGCUUUCGAUUUAAGAUCUCGAGAAGAAGAAAAAAUCGCGCACAAAUUUCGCGCAUUCGACAGCGAGUCGAAAACAAAUAGAUUUCAGAAUCCACGAAUUUAACAAACCUGGAUCUAUUUGGAUCCGAAAAAACGCGACAUUUCUCAAAGAUCUCAAGCAAAAAAGCUAAAAUCCAUGGAUUUAUUAAUAUUAUUAAAAGAUAUAACUCGUGGCAACUAUAGCAACGAGUCGAUGCGACUUCAUGUGCAUUCGUGCGUAUCGAAAAGUAACGGUUCGUCAAAAGUGAUCUUACCUUUCAAUUUUCGAUAUAUAUAUAUAUAUAUAUAUAUAUAUAUAUAUAUAUAUAUAUAUAUCGUGUACAUCAAAUAAAUCUAAAUUUAUAAUCUGUCGUAUCAACUUGUAACUAUCGUCAUUCCACGCGUGACGUUUCUUAAUAAUUACAAUACCGAGAUAAGAAUAUCUUUAAUGCAAAAAAAAAAAAAAAUACACACUGCUCUAGAGGAUACAAAAAAGAUUCAAUACAUACCAAAUAUCCUGCGUUUCUUCCAGAUCAAGUAGAUGUAUCUUUUGCGCGAUAUAUAGAUGCCUCUUAGAAUAAAAAUUCAGAUAAAUAUGUUGUGCGUAUCAUGCGCGUAUUGUGUGAUAAGCUUAAUUUAGGAAGGACGACAAUAAUUUGGGGUUCUUCAAGAGCCAAAUAUGUUUCAAGUCACUGAAAAAUACAUCUGAAUUUCGAACCACUGCUACAAUAACGAUUUACUAUAAUUGAUCGAUUUUAUAAUUUUUUUUGAAAGUAUAACAAUCAAUAAAGCUUGCAUCUCGAGAAACGAAGAUAAAAAACGAGUUAAAUGAUAAGAUUCUUUUUUCGUGAAAAUAUUUAUCUUUCGAUUAGAAGACUUAGUGGAUUGUAAUUAUAAUAUUUUUGAAAUUUAGCUUGAUUUUGAGGAAUUUAAAUCUUCGAAUUAUGUCUAUGAAACUGAUUACGUAUAUUGCUGUAAACAAGUCCUUCAUUUAUUGCGAUCGCGAUAAUUCUUGGUUAUUAAAUAAAAUUGAGUAUACGCAUGCAUCGUUUCAUCCAGGCGAAUGAUUUACGAUAAAUAAUACACGUAUAUGCACAUAUAAGAGUACAUAUCUACAUCCGAUAGGAUUUCUACGCUUCCAUAAGAGAAUGACGGAUUAUUUGUAUCGAUAAUGAUCGCCUAUGGUGAUAAUAUCCGUGAGUCGCCUCUGAAAAUCUUAUUAUCGUUAACAAUUGCGCACGUAAUUUGUAGGAACUCGUUAUAUUUGCGUUGCAUAGUUUACGUCAUGUGUAACUGUACAUAGACAAUAGCCACGUUAGAAAUAAAUGUUGUUACAAAAGA